AGGAGCUGUCAUUGCUCUGCUCUUCAAGCCGAUUUCUCAUUUCCUAUCUAAAGCCAUCCAAAUUUAAACGACAAAUGUAACUGUUUAACAAAGAGACACUAUGGGAUUCUCACUAAGACGCGUUCUUGGUGUUAAACCGUCGAAAGCUCUCCCGGUGCUGCCCUUUUUAAUGACAUUGUUGCUCGUCGGGAGCCAAGGCGAUAGCAAUGCGAUGGACAACGUCGCAACAGAGAGGCUGGCUGAGGAGAGCCACCGACAGGACAGUGCCAAUCUACUCAUAUUCAUUAUGCUAUUAACACUUACUAUUUUGACUAUAUGGCUGUUCAAACACCGGCGGUUCAGGUUCCUACACGAAACUGGGCUUGCUAUGAUCUAUGGCCUACUGGUGGGUGUGAUUCUGCGCUUUGGGGUCCAUGUGCCCCAGAGCAUGAGCGAUGUGAUCCUCAGUUGCGCUGUCAACGCCAGUCCUGCUACAUUGCUGGUCAAUGUCAGUGGGCGGUUCUACGAGUACACUUUGAAGGGGGAAGUGAGCCGGGCAAAAGGUCACCAAGUGCAGGACGAUGAGAUGUUGAGAAAGGUGACGUUUGAUCCAGAAGUGUUUUUCAACAUUUUGCUGCCUCCCAUCAUCUUUCAUGCCGGCUAUAGUCUGAAGAGGAGACAUUUCUUCAGGAACAUUGGCUCCAUCCUGGCUUAUGCAUUUAUGGGAACUGUUAUAUCCUGCUUUGUUAUUGGGCUGAUCAUGUAUGGCUUUGUGUCCUUCAUGAAAGUGGUGGGCCAGCUUGGAGGAGAUUUUUUCUUCACUGACUGCCUCUUCUUUGGGGCCAUUGUAUCAGCAACAGAUCCAGUGACGGUACUAGCUAUCUUCAAUGAGCUGAAGGUAGAUGUGGAUCUUUAUGCUUUGCUCUUUGGAGAGAGUGUCCUAAAUGAUGCUGUGGCCAUCGUCCUGUCUUCCUCCAUUGUGGCAUACCAGCCAGCAGGAGACAACAGCCACAGCUUUGAGGCCAUGGCCUUAUUGAAAUCCUUUGGCAUAUUCCUGGGGGUCUUCAGUGGAUCCUUCGCUCUUGGUGUGGCCACUGGAGUUAUGACUGCCCUCGUGACAAAGUUCACAAAGCUGAGGGACUUCCCUUUGCUAGAGACAGCUUUGUUUUUCCUCAUGUCCUGGAGCACCUUUCUACUGGCUGAGGCCUGCGGGUUCACAGGUGUCGUGGCUGUGUUGUUCUGUGGAAUCACUCAGGCUCACUACACAUUCAACAAUCUCUCCCCUGAGUCUCAGGACAGAACCAAACAGUUGUUUGAGCUACUGAACUUUCUGGCAGAAAACUUCAUCUUCUCCUACAUGGGUCUGACUCUCUUCUCCUUCCAGUCACAUGUUUUUAACCCUUUGUUCAUCAUUGGAGCCUUUUUGGCUGUGUUCCUUGGCAGAGCGGCAAACAUCUACCCCUUGUCCUUCUUGCUCAACUUGGGUCGCAAGAAUAAGAUUGGAUCAAAUUUUCAGCAUGUCAUGAUGUUUGCAGGUCUGCGUGGAGCGAUGACUUUUGCUCUUUCUAUCCGAGACACAGCGACUUAUGCCCGACAGAUGAUGUUUUCAACCACUCUCUUGAUUGUCUUCUUCACUGUCUGGAUCUGUGGAGGCGGCACCAUGCCCAUGCUGUCCUUUAUGAGCAUACCGGUGGGUGUGGACUCUGAUCAAGACAACACUAGUUCAGCGGUGUUGGAUGGGUCACAGCGGAGGAACACGAAACAUGAGAGUGCUUGGCCUUUCAGGAUCUGGUAUAACUUUGACCACAACUACCUAAAGCCCCUCCUGACCCACAGUGGCCCCCCUCUCACUGCAACUCUGCCUUCUUGUUGUGGACCGUUGGCCCGAUGUCUCACCAGCCCACAGGCCUACGAGAACGAAGGUCAGCUCCACGACGAUGACUCUGACUUCAUUUUGAACGAUGCCAACGUGAGCUCCAUGUAUGCUGACGUCACCGUUACCACGGAUGCCUCUGGGUCCCGUACCAUCAACCGAAAGAGCUCCUCUGCCACCAGCACUGGUGGCGGGCCGUCUGACGAGGGUCUGGAUCAUGAGCUCUCCCUGGCGGAACAUGAAGUGGCAAUCAGGGGCACCCGUCUGGUCCUGCCCAUGGAUGAUCCAGUGGACCCCCCUACCACUGUGACACUGCCGCCACCUCCCUCCCCACCACGCUCAGACCCUCGCAGGCACAGACUCUAAGAAGGGUUGAAUUGUCAGAAAAAAGAAUCAGUCAGCAGACUAUUAAUUUAAAUGACCAACUUUUUAAGUCCUGUAACAGCUCCUCAGUGAUGGGGCAACUUAGAGCUUUGUAACAAACUUGAGGCAGGCUUGAUUUCAAUCAUAAUUUUGGUGGCUGCACCUCAUGAAAGGCAGGUACUGUAAAUCGAGCACACCUCCAGUUUUAAAGGUUGCUUAAAAUUAACUGAGAUGCACAUUUAGCCACCAGUAAUGCUUAAAAAUGUGGCUCUGGUAUCUGCUUAUAAGUCUGUACUACUAUGGUGAUCCAGCAGUUCUGUUGUCUUUACUCUAUGUAAGUCCCGACACUCCUCUGUCAGGACUUGAUCCCUGAACUAAACAUGCAGUUUACUCUUCUCUCUGUGGUGAAGUAGCUCCUGACACAAGGGACAGUAUUAGUCUAUAUUGUUUUUUUUUUAAUUUGCUCUGGUACUACUAUAAGCAACAUUAAGUGUUGUUAAAGAACAUUUUACACUGCAGAAACAUAGCUAAUCUUACUUAUCCAUACCCUAGAGGAGAGGGUUUGUUGUGAUUGGCUAAGGCAAAAAAAAACAAACAAACAAACAAAAAAAAAAUACAUGUAUACUGACAUUGUGAUGAAAAUAAGCUUCCAGUCAAGGAGUGUCUUCACUAUGUUUAAACACUGCCUGCCUCUUCUCGUUUAUGAUCAGUUUUUUCACUUUAUUUAUGUAACAGAAAUGAUUUAUUUAUGUCAUGAUUUACUUUGUUUACUCAUUAUUUAUUUAUUAUUUGUUUGAUGGCAUUAACAAAAACCUUGCCCUUUGAAACUGAGGGCUGCUCUGUGGUGACAAGCUGAUUUUGCACUUUGUUUAUUUCCAGACAAGGUACUUUUUAUGGUGGAGGUGGAGUUUGUCUUUUUUAAACAUUUGUGCAUGUUGAUAUCUCCUUUCUGUGUCGUAGCGACCCAUUUACUUUGUAUUUGGAAAUAAGAGCUUCCGUAGAUGUAAGUUAAAAACGUGGGUCUGUUGUCAGAAUGAAAUAUUAUCAGGGCUCAUGUUUAAUUCUGGGUUUAACUGUUGUCAUGUUUCUUUUUAAAAACCCUGACUGCCGUGUCUUUGUGAUGUUAAAUCAUUAAAGAUAACUGAGGGCUGGCUGAACUGUUUGAAUUAAAGUGCCUAUUCUGAUAUUCAAUUCAUAGAUGUAGAUUUGUACAUAUUUUGAUUUGCUAAUGUGCAGUAUGAAGAUCUUUCUUGAUUUUUAUAUGAAACUAAAAAAAACAACUGCUGUUAAAUAAUGUAUUUCAGUGUAAUUUGGCCCUAAAAGACUGCCUGUAGUGGUACUAUUUGUUUUUUAGUUUAUUUAAAACCUUGAAAAAAUGCAAAAGUGCAUUGUAUCUUCAUUAAUGGGAAAUAAGUACUACUUUUUGCUGAAUAUUAUCACUUUGUGAACAUAUUGUCAAUAUAAAAUCUGUUAUUUAUCAAAAUAGCUGGCAUUUAAUUUGAAUGCAACAAGAUGCAGCUAAUGUUUUUAGGCUUUUUAUUUGCCAGUGAGAUCAAGAGAACGGUACUGCUACAAAAAGGACACUUUAUUGAUACAUCCUUGAUUUCUUUCCCUCCUUGUUCAGUAACCAAGCUCUUUUGCUCUUCUCCUACUUCAGUGAGAGAAGUUCUGGUCCUAGGCUUAGUCUUCCUUGCUUUUAUUCUCUGCUUUUUGCCAAGAAGGUCUGAUUUUUUUUGACUAGUGUAGAGAUUAAUUUAAAGACAAAAUUACAUUUUAAAACAUCCAAAUGUUUGUUUUAAUACUGCAGGACUGGACAAGUUUUCUGUUUUGUUUUGAAACAUGACUUAUUAUGGAAGACUUGUGGUGUAGAUAGCUAUUAAAAGCUGCUUGUAUAGGCACUCUAAAGAAACAGUACAAGAGCAACUCUAUCUUAAAACAGCUAAACAUGUUUGUUUCUACUGCUUGUAGAAGCUGUUUCUGACAGUUGUAUUUGUGGAAAGUAUACCUGCAAUGAGUGAAUAUGUGAAUGUUUUUUUUUAUUUUAAAUGUGAACUUCUGUUGGGAGGAAAGUAUCUCUGCUCUUUUUAAAUCUCCAAUGUUAUUAACAGUGUCUCCUCUGUAAAACUUCUUGCAGUGUACUAGAAGAAAAUAAAAAUAAUU